CAUGUGUCGAUUUAUACACGAUUUUGUUCUUAAAUCCGUUGAAUGGGCCAUUGCUUUUUGGGAUGAACUUCUAUAUGUAUGGUAUUCAUGUUGAUUCCUUUUUUGUGAGGGACGAUAUGUUUUCUGUCUUACUAUAAAAUAUGUGGCAGCAUUAGGAACAAUGUAGACCGAUGGCCGAUAAACUUCAUGACUGUGAUAUUCCCGAAGCAUGGACAAUCUUACGAAGCCACCUGCAGAAGGAAUUGGUUGGAGACUUGAUACCGAUACCCUUUGUUACGGAAGGAGAUCUGUACGAUCUUUUGACCGUCUUCUACAAACAGGACUACGGAAAGGGUGUGCUGUCGCGACUGACCCGGCCGCGGCAGUACGAGCUGCUGGGACCGCUGGCCGGCCUGGCUGACCUGGCGCACUCCAACCGAGCGGAGCUGGAGGCCUGCGCUCGACCCCAUCUGGAGGAGCUCGACUUCCCCGCCCAGUACACGUGCGAUUUGUACGGUAAAUCCGGUAAGGAGAUCCACCUCAUUGUGAAGCAGCCGCACAAGAAGGUGGUGCUUCUGACGGCGACUCAGCCGGGAGACAUUGUCAUCGACAGGUCGGCGCACCCGGGUAAGCCGCCGCCGCCCCAGAGCGCCGACCCGGGUCAACUUGACAAACCCGCUUCAGUGAUGGUCUGGGCGGCCGUCAGCCAGGCCGGCAAGUCGCCGUUGGUUUUUGUGCCCGAGGGCGUAAAAAUCAACAAAGCAACAUACAUCGAGACCAUCCUUGAACAGACGCUGAAGCCGUGGGCCAAGAAGACGUACGGAGACAAGGGCUGGACUUUUCAGCAGGACGGCGCAACAAGCCACACCGCGCGCGUCACCCAACAGUGGUGCGAAGACAAUUGCCCAGGCUUCAUCACCAAGGACCAGUGGCCCCCAUCAUCCCCAGAUCUGAAUCCGAUGGAUUACACGAUGUGGUCCGUGCUCGAGAAGGAAGCCUGCUCCAAACCGCACAAGAAGAUCGACGAUCUCAAGCGAUCUCUGAUCAGCGCCUGGCAGAAGAUCCCCGACGCGGUUGUGCGUGCCGCAGUCCGUGACUUCAGGAGGCGGUUGGUUGCCGCUGUGAAGGCUGGAGGCGGCCACUUCGAGUAG